AAUACACACGACUUUCUUCUUCUUUUGUUUUCUGCACUGUUCAUCAUCGUCUAUGCUCAACAAACUCUGUCAACUCCUAAACCCCCUAUAAUCAUGUCGAUGGUACUCUCAACCCUCCACCAGAAAACCUGCAUAAAAUUUUUCUCACCCAAAAGUUCACCUCGAAUUCAUCAGAUUAAUUAUUCAUUUCCGUUUGGGAGCUCUUCGUUAACCACAAACGCAAAGCCCUUAAACAAACUCCGGAUUACCCACAAUUUUUACGGGCCAUUUAAUAAAACUUUAAAUGGGUUUCCAGUAAAAUCUCGUGGGUUUACUGUAAAUGCUCAAAAUGGAGGUGAUUUCAUUCAUAACAGGCAGCAAGAAGAAACGGAGGCUCGUGGGGAGAGCAGUAUGCCAGAAAGGUUCAGAAAUUUGACUAAAGAAGCUCCUGAUAAACCUGUUAGGUGGCCGUGGCUCAUUGUGCUGGCAUUCAUGCUCUAUGCCUGGAGAACUGUCUUGUGGGAACUCUCUAACUGGAGAGCGGCUGUUGCGGCUGUUGGUCGUCUCUUAACAUACAUCUCAAAAUUUGCAUUGGCCCUUAUAUUCCACUUCAUUGGAGCUCCAGUCACAUCUUUAAUUCGAGGAGUUGAGACAAUAUUCUACACUAUUCGUGCUUUCUACUCUGGUAUAGUUGCUUCUGCUCCAAUUCCAGAGCUAACACUGAUCAUCAUGCUGGUAUCUGCUGUACUUGCUGUUGCCGAGGCUGCCUCUCCAGAUACUGUGAACAGCCAGCCACAUCUACUCACGGUGGCUGGCCUAAUUGGAUUAGCUGCUGUGACAAACUACAUAUCUGAAGCCCUUUUCUGGACAUUACUUGUAGGUUUAUUCAGUUUUGCAAGGUUAGUAAAGAAGAGAGAUUAUGUAUCUUCUGCAUUGCCUGUUGCUGCUGUUUUAGCUGCCGUAGGGGAGCCUUGGGUCCGAGUAAUUGUCAUGGCUUCCUAUUUGGCUUUGGCUAUCUUUCACCACUCUAAUAUCCCUUCACAUUUAAAGGAAGAUGAAGAUGCCGGAGCAAUAAACAGGGUCCCGGUUCCCCUAUUAUGUGCUGCAUUGGCGAUUGGCAUCCAUGUUGCCGCUAAAUGGGCUGGCUAUCGGCAUUUGACAUGGAUGAUCGUUUAGCUCUUGCAGCCACGUGUUUCCUCUUUGUUCGUAGAAGUGCAUGUUCAUUCCUAUGUACAAUUUAUAUAGCAAGUGAAUCUUCUUUGUUCUCUCUUUUCUUUGAGGAUUUUGUUGGACAGGUGAGUGACAAGGAUACAAUUUGAUAUUCACAAUCUUGAUGAGAAGAAAGCGGGCAUGCUCCAUCAUACAGUAUUUAUUACUAAUUCUUUUGAGCAUAUUCCAGUGAGAUAUAUUUUUGUUUUUAUA